AUCUGGGACAGGAGGAGAUCGAGAGAGGGCAGGCCAAGCAUCCCAAGGGGUGCCCCAAGAGCAGGGCGGCGGGGGCGGGGAGCCCAGGGGGCGGGCCGGCCAUGUCCCACGGGACCUACUACGAGUGUGAGCCCCGGGGCGGCCAGCAGCCACUUGAGUUCUCAGGGGGCCGAGCAGGGCCCGGGGACCUGGGGGACAUGUGUGAGCAUGAGGCCUCCAUCGACCUCUCUGCCUACAUAGAGUCUGGGGAGGAGCAGCUCCUCUCCGACCUCUUUGCUGUGAAGCCAGCGCCUGAGGCCAGAGGCCUUAAGGGUCCCGGAACCCCUGCCUUCCCCCACUACUUGCCGCCUGAUCCUCGGCCCUUUGCCUACCCCCCACACACCUUUGGCCCAGACAGGAAGGUACUGGGGCCUGGCAUCUACAGCAGCCCAGGGAGCUACGACCCCAGGUCUGUGGCCGUGAAGGAGGAGCCUCGGGGGCCAGAGGGCAGCCGAGGUGCCAGCCGCAGCAGCUACAAUCCCUUGCAGUACCAAGUGGCACACUGCGGGCAGACAGCCAUGCACCUGCCCCCAGCCCUGGCUGCACCCAGCCAGCCCCUGCGCGUCCUCAAGGCUCCUCUGGCUGCUGGCACACAGCCCUGCAGCCCCCUCCUCAAGGCGCCCUCCCCAGCUGGCCCCUCACACAAGGGCAAGAAAGCAGUGAACAAAGACAGCCUGGAGUACCGGCUGCGGAGGGAGCGCAAUAACAUCGCUGUACGAAAGAGCCGGGACAAGGCCAAGAGGCGGAUCCUGGAGACGCAGCAGAAGGUGCUGGAGUACAUGGCAGAGAACGAGAGCCUCCGCAGACGCGUGGAGCAACUGACCCAGGAGCUGGACACCCUUCGCAACCUCUUCCGUCAAAUCCCUGAGGCCGCCAACCUCAUCAAGGGUGUGGGGGACUGCAGCUGAGCCUAGCUGGCUGGCCUGUGAGCACCAACCAACCUUCCUGGCCCAGCCCGACCCUGGGAAACUCUUCCCUGCUGGGGCAUUAGAGCACCUCACAGGACGAGUAUGAGACAUAGACUCUGGACAAGGGUGUCAGGGGAGAAGGAGCCCCAGCAUGAUUCUGUGGCUGAAUAAAAUUGCACUGUGACU